AUGAGGGGUGUGCUGUGGCCAGUGUUCCUCCUGGGGACACUGUGCAUCUGGGCAGACCAGGGGUGUGGCGCUCAGGCCAUGGAAGGAGAAGCCAGGAGCCGGGGCACCCGAUCCAUACCGGAGGCAGUGACAGAGCAGAGGUACUACCUGAGAAGGCUAUUUGGCAACUACGGGCAGCACAGCCGGCUCUCUCCCGAGGGCUUACACCGCUUAUUCGAGAGCCUGGGCCUAGGCCAGGUCCAGGUGGUGGAGAUCGAACACGAGGAGCUGGGUCACGGUCACGUCUCUCACCUCGACGCCCUGGACCUCCAGGAACGCAGGCACGUACACAGCCACACCACGGAGGACCACCUCUCCAUGCUGGCCAGAGGGUCCGAGGAUCCAACCUGGGCAGGGACAAGCAUCCAGGGAGCAAGUGUCACCACAGCUUCCAGGGUCAGAUCCUCCAAAUGGACGAGCGGUGAGAGUGUCGAGCCCCCUCUGUUCCGAAAGGAUUCCCCAGCUGCUGGGGGACGCUUGCAGAGACAGGGAAGCAUGUUUGGGCAUCGACUGGAGCGGUCACCCAGAGACCAUCCCCUCCCUGUGUCCUCUCACGGUCUCACUGACGAUGACAGGGCCAUGAAUCAUUCCGAUUACAACCAUCUCCACGGAAACUGUCUAAACGCAACUCAGCUCCUGGUCAACUUCGGGAUGAGCAGCACACAGGGGAUCACACCAAAGCAGUUUACCUACAUCUGCCCGGCCCUGCUCUACCAGAUAGACAGCAGAGUGUGUAUCCAGCACCACGAUUCACUGCAGAUCCCACCUCAAGGGGCUACCCAACCGUCAGUUUGGAUCUGUGGAUUUGUUGCCGUUACCCUGAUCAGCCUGACGUCCCUGUUGGCUGUGGCCGUUAUUCCGUUGUUCAGUCACUCCUUUUCCAAGGUCCUGCUCAGGUUCCUGGUCACUCUGGCAAUUGGAACGCUGUCUGCUGACGCUCUGCUGCACCUCAUCCCUCAUAGCAGUCAGCUACAGCGGCCAGAGGACCACGUGGAGACAGGGAAAGACCCCGUGUGGAAGGGACUGUCCGUGCUGGGGGGCAUCUACCUCCUGUUCCUCAUCGAGACCCUCCUGGGCCUGGUCAGGAGCUGCAGAGGGGGCAAGGUAGUGGGCAGGAGGUGUACCCGUAACAAGGAAGGUCCAACGCCGGCGAACAUGGGUGGUGGGGCUGAACUGCAGCACCUGAGACCAGAUGGAGCUCCAGCUGAUCACCCCCACCCUGGCGAUGAAUUGGAGGUCACACUCAGCACCUACAUGACUCCUGAAGCCCAGGGGUUGAACAUUGGGGACACAGCUCCUGGUCAUGCCCACACUCAGACAGCCACUGGUAAGGCUGCCCGUGAUCAGAGAGAUCAGCACCACCAUCACUGCAGGGAGCGAGAGACCGGGAGGUAUGGCCAUGGACAUUCACAUGGGGCCCGGGACAUGAGGAAAGCUGGGAUAGCGACAAUCGCCUGGAUGGUCAUUGUUGGUGACGGUGCCCACAACUUCACAGACGGCUUGGCAAUCGGUGCUGCAUUUUCCACGGGGAUUUCGGGAGGUUUGAGUACCACUAUUGCUGUACUUUGUCAUGAACUUCCACAUGAACUCGGUGAUUUUGCGAUGUUGUUACAAGCUGGACUCCAUGUCAGAAAGGCUGUCUUGUUUAACCUUGUGUCUGCGGUUAUCAGUUACCUCGGCCUGGCCGUCGGCAUUGCUAUUGGCCAGCACACUGCCUACAUUACACCCUGGAUAUUUACCAGCACGGCUGGCAUCUUCCUGUAUGUUUCCCUGGUUGACAUGCUCCCGGAGAUGUUACACACGCAGACGGAGAGGCAGCAGCACGGUGCUCUCGGGAUCUUUCUCAGUCAGAACCUCGGCUUUCUGUUCGGCGUUGGGGUCAUGCUCUGUAUCGCCCUGUUUGAAGACAAAAUGCACAUAGACAUCAGCUUUUAACGGUGAGCAAGCGGACAGGAACGGGACCGAAAAUCAUCUCAGAACGUCUCUCACCAAGUGAGAUCUUCCUCUUCUCAGACACAUCCUGACACCUUCCCAGCAAC